GAGAUAAUCUAGUGGAGAUGGAGAGGUUGAAGAAAGUAUUAUCCACUGAGUUUGAAGUAAAGACCUGGGACAAAUGAGGUACUUCUUGGGAAUGGAAGUUACCAGAUCAAAGAAGGGAAUUAGUGUUUCGCAGCACAAGUAUGUUCUUGAUCUCCUAACCGAAACUGGCAUGCUUGGUUGUAAACCAAGUGACACUCCCAUCGAAGCAGGAAAAAGAGUAGGAGACUUUGGAAGACCUAUUGAAAAAGAGAGAUAUCAAAGAUUAGUUAGCAAACUAAUCUAUCUAUCACAUACCAAACCUGACAUUGCAUUCGCAUUAAGUGUGGUGAGCCAACACAUGCAUUCACCAAAGGAAACACACUUGGAAGCUGUGCACAAGAUCCUCAGAUAUCUCAAGGGUUCUCCGGGCAAAGGACUAUUCUUCAAAAAAUGUGAAAGCAAGGAAAUAGAAGUCUUCACAGAUGCUGAUUGGGCAGGUUCAGCACAGGAUAGAAGGUCCACCACAGGGUACUGCACCUUUGUAUGGGGAAAUUUGGUAACUUGGAGAAGCAAAAAACAGAAUGUAGUGGCCAGAAGUAGUGCUGAAGCUGAGUUUAGAGCAGUUGCACAAGGGAUGUGUGAAGGACUGUGGUUACAGAAACUCUUGGAAGAACUACAUAUCAUAGUGAAAUUCCUUAUCAAGCUCUACUGUGAUAACAAAGCAGCCAUAAACAUCUCUCUCAAUCCAGUUUAGCAUGACAAUACCAAGCAUGUAGAAGUGGAUAGACAUUUUAUCAAGGAAAAGGUUGAAGAAGGAACCAUAU